AGCUUCGGGACUCUUCGGCUCCGACGUCGGCUCGUGUUUCAGGGGCUAUAAACGGCGGCAGGUGUCCGUCCAGCAGACCGGGCCUCCGUCACGGCGGCUGUUGGUUCGAUGCAAAUUCCUCUUGAAGCGUUUUCUUGGUGAUGUGAGUCUCCGGAGCGGCUGUAGGCCAACAACAACAACAACAACAACAAGCAGUACAAGGCGGGUUUCUGCUCCUGAUAUGAGCUGCUGCUGCGGACCGGACGCUCAUCUAUUUGUUUCUGACUUGGGCGUUUACUGAGCCUUUUUUUUUUUUUUUUUUUGAAACCUUCUGCUGCUGCUGGGUUUGUUUUGUUGAAGCGGAGGAAGCAGCAGCAGCAGCAGCAGCGACGUCCCGAGGAGGAGCAUCGUCCCGCUGCUGUUUUAUUACCGAGCAGCAGCAGCAGCAGCAGACAGAGACUCGACACCGAGACGGACGAGAGGCAACAUGUUUGAGACCAGAGGGAUCCCCUUUGUGCUGCUCGAUGUAGUCUGUCUGGUUCUGGCUGGACUCCCAUUUGCAAUACUCACUGCACAGCACAGGCCUUUCCGCCGGGGCUUUUUCUGUAAUGAUGAUACGAUCAAGUACCCCUAUAAAGAGGACACCAUUUCCUAUCAGUUAUUAGGAGGUGUUAUGAUUCCCGUCACUGUCCUCACUAUGAUCUUUGGCGAGUGCCUUUUAGUUUACCUAAACCGCCUCAAAUCCAAGUCGUCGUUCGGCAGCUACGUUGCCUGUGUUUACAAAGCUGUCGGCACCUUCCUCUUCGGCGCCGCCAUGAGCCAGUCUCUGACGGACAUCGCCAAGUACUCCAUCGGCCGCCUCAGGCCGCACUUCCUGGAUGUGUGCAAACCCGACUGGAAGCUCGUCAACUGCUCGUCGGGGGCGUACAUCGAAUCGUUCACCUGCCAGGGAGACGCAACGAUGGUCAAUGAGGGCAGGUUGUCCUUCUAUUCUGGCCACUCGUCCUUUUCCAUGUACUGCAUGUUGUUCCUCGCUCUCUACCUGCAGGCUCGGCUCCAGGCUGAAUGGGCGCGACUCCUCAGACCAACCAUCCAGUUUUUCCUGAUUGCUGCCUCGGUGUUCACGGGAUUGUCCAGAGUGUCCGAUUAUAAACAUCACUGGAGCGAUGUGCUGACUGGACUCCUGCAGGGUGCCCUCAUGGCUAUACUGGUGGUCUUCUUCGUGUCCGACUUUUUCAAGCCUCGUGCGAAUUCCCGUAAAGAGGAAGACAUCCCCCACACAACCCUGCAGGAGACGCCAACGAAUGGAAACCACUUUGAGAGUCCCAACUAAGCUAAGCGAGCAGCGGCGGAGACCUCUGCUCAGUCCAAACGCACACCAGGAUCCCAGCUCUCUAGCCUUUCAUCUCACGCAAAUUCUCACCCGAUACCCUGCAUGGAUUUACAGUAUGAAGUACUUGAUUAUAUGUCGAGUAAACUGUUGGAUGUCUGAGCAUCCCAGAAGAAACUCUUGGAACCACACCAGGCCUAAUUGUAAGACUUUGUAAUUUUUGCUGUCUUGUCCACCAGUUCUCUGCCUGGAGGGAAAGUGGUGCGACGCCCUGCCGACCCCCUGUAGAUACGCUGAAGUGACUGAAGCAGACGUAGGUUAGAGGCUAGAGAUUCUGAGCGGACGGGAACCAUUUAGCAUGUAUCGAUCUACUGAGCUGGUGGGAAGACUUGCCUGCAUGCACCCACUAAAGGGUCUGACCACUGCUGGGAGAGAGGAGGGUUGGAAACCUGUGAAUGUAUCCUGCUUAGUGCUUUUCCUCACCUGGAGGAUCUGAUUUAGGGUCAGUUUUAUCUCCAGCACCCAGAAAGAGAAAUCUGAGACUUUGCUGCCUUAGGUCCAGUGUUAAUAAAAGGGCUAAUCAAAAGAGGAGUGUUUGUUUCUUAAGGCUACACUGUGCUGGAGGCUAAAGCUGAUCCUGGACCAGAGGACAGCAGUGCUGCUCAUCUACAGCAGCUGACUCCAGGAAACUACAGUCUCACUCUCCAGCUGUCUCACCGAAUAUUACAAUCAAAAUGUUUGACUUGUAGCAUGUUUGGUCAGAGUGUUGCAGGGUAGACUGUCAGUUUGAAGGGACAGUUUGGGUUCUUUGAAGUAGAGUUCAGGUGCAUAUCCAUGGUCAGUGUCUUACCUACUGGAUGGUUGUCAGCUUGCUCCUAGUUUGGAGAAGCCCACAGGAGGACCAGUGCAGAAGCUAAGAAGUGUACAGCUGAGUACGGGGUCAUCAGAAUAUAUUGCAGCCACCUAAAAAAUGUGAAUAUUAGUUUAAGGUGGUUAUAUUUGGAGAAUUUCCAUGCUUCACUUUGCUGUCAGACAGGAAACAGAGUUCUAUCACUCUAAGUUAACAAUUUACCUGAGGUUUACACCGAAGGGAUCAAAGCACCAGACUCCAUUGACGAAAACAGGAAUUUUAGUUCUGAUCUGAACUAAUGUGUUCAAACACAGCAAAACCACCACAAAAACUACAAGUUCCUCAUGACAGCAGGGAAAGUAUUCCAAAUAUGGCAUACACGUAAACAGACAUUUUUCUGACCGUCUUCAGCAGCACAUUGCUGAGCUUCUGUGCAGGGACACUUGUCUGCUUCUUCAGACUGAAGUAGAACCAUCUACUAUCUACUUUAGGCAAUAAACUGUGGCUACAAACCUCCAACACUUCAAAUAAUCCAAACUAUGCCUUUAAGUCCCGCGUUGCCUUUGCUGGACUGCUGCUGCUGCUGCUAUCACAGCUCCCUGUGUAUCAAAUGUAAACAUUAAGUGAACAGACAACGUGCUUUUAUAUAAUCUGUAUGUAAACAAAUCACCAUACAGACUUUUAUUGAAAAAAAAAUGUUACAAAUAUGUACAAAUGUUUAAAAUAAGGAAAAAUAAAGCCAUUUUACUUAAUAACCAUAACAUCAAUGAAA